AUGGCUGUCGAGGGGUAUCCAACCCGACUAGCCCCUCCCAAGCCGCAAGCCCUCUCCCGCGGUCGCUCGAAAUCUGCCUCCGGUUCGGACUGGAUGUCGACGGGAUACGCAAGACUCCAUGGGAAGCUGGGGGCCAGCCCGCUGAAUGAGCGCCUGGAUGUGACACGCACCACAAGUGUCCCUCUCUGGCCAUACGUGGAUUCGGAUAUUGCGUUCAGCGGAUGUGCAGUUUCUUCGGAUCGACUCUUCAUACCCGUCAAAGCUCUCUCAAGUGGAACGAUAUUUCACUUUGGACACUCUGGACUCGUUCGUCUCCUCUCCACCACCUCUCAUCGAUAUGCCGAUGCCAAAUUGAACAGAGUUUCGUCCAAAAUUACACAACCUAAAUCACAGGGUGCCUCGCAAGCGAUGCUAUAUGCGACUGGUUUGGAGGAAGCGGAUAUGAACAAGGCCCAGGUGGGAAUUUCCUCGGUCUGGUUUGAGGGGAACCCUUGCAACAUGCACUUGAUGGACCUGUCCUCGCUGGUACGCGACUCGGUUGCAAGGGCAGGACUAGUUCCCAUGCGUUUCAACUCGAUUGGAGUUUCGGACGGAAUCAGCAUGGGCACCAGUGGUAUGCGAUACAGUCUGCAAAGUCGUGAGAUCAUCGCCGACGGCAUUGAGACGGUCAUGAACGGGCAGUGGUAUGAUGCGAACGUCUCGCUUCCAGGCUGCGAUAAGAACAUGCCUGGUGUCGUUAUAGCCAUGGGCCGGGUCAACCGUCCUAGCAUUGUGAUCUAUGGUGGUAGUAUUAAGCCUGGCUGCAGCGCUGGUGGCCAGACUUUGGAUCUGGUCAGCGCCUUCCAGUCAUAUGGCCAGUACAUCAGCGGCCAGAUCGAUGAAGCACAGCGAUUUGACAUCAUUCGCCAUGCAUGUCCCGGAAGUGGUGCGUGUGGUGGCAUGUAUACUGCCAAUACUAUGGCCACAGCUAUCGAAGUUCUCGGGCUUACGGUUCCGGGCAGUAGUAGCUGUCCCGCGGAAGAUCCUCGAAAGAAAGCGGAGUGUGAGGAGAUUGGAGAAACGGUCAAGAACCUCUUGAAGGAAGACAUCAGGCCUUCGGAUAUUUUGACUCGCCAAGCAUUUGAAAAUGCAAUGAUCGUGGUCAAUAUCUUGGGAGGAAGCACCAAUGCAGUCAUGCAUCUGAUUGCCAUCGCCCAGUCUGUGGGCAUCAAACUCACCAUUGAUGAUUUCCAAGCCGUGUCAGACAAGACGCCGUUCCUGGCAGACCUAAAACCAUCUGGCAAGUAUGUCAUGCAUGACCUGUACAAGAUUGGCGGCACACCUGCCCUACUCCGGUUCCUGCUCAAGGAGGGUUUGAUUGACGGGUCUGGCAUUACUGUGACUGGUAAAACAAUGAAAGAGAAUGUUGCAUCUUGGCCUGAUUUCCCUGAGGAUCAACCCAUCAUCCGGCCGCUGAGCGAUCCCAUCAAGCCGACGGGUCACCUUCAAAUUCUGCGUGGAUCUUUGGCUCCCGGAGGCUCUGUCGGGAAGAUCACUGGUAAAGAAGGUCUCCUAUUUGAAGGCACUGCCAAGUGCUAUGACUAUGAAGAUGCGUUUGUUGAGGCCCUCGAGCGAGGAGAAAUCAAAAAGGGGGAGAAGACCGUUGUCAUUAUCCGAUAUGAAGGGCCAAAGGGUGGUCCUGGUAUGCCGGAAAUGCUCAAGCCUAGUGCCGCCAUUAUGGGGGCAGGUCUGGGUCAGGACGUCGCCCUCCUUACCGAUGGCCGCUUCUCCGGUGGCAGUCAUGGAUUCCUCAUUGGUCAUAUUGUGCCUGAGGCAAUGGAGGGCGGUCCGAUCGCUUUGGUCAAAGACGGGGACCGGGUGAUUAUCGACGCAGAGAAGAGAGUUGUCGAUCUGGGUAUAUCCGCAGAAGAGAUGGAGAAGAGGAAGAAGGAAUGGAAGGCGCCUGAACCUCGGGCAAAGGCAGGCACUCUGAAGAAGUAUGCUGCUCUUGUCAGUGAUGCUAGCCAUGGCUGUGUUACUGAUGGGCCACUCUGA